AUGGGUCUUGACUCUGAGGUCGCUUCCUCUACAAUCUCUGCUGAGCCCGCCUCAUCAACACCCUUAAAAUCAUCAAAAAGCAAACAUUUCUCGGCAAAGCGAUGGAAGCACUUCGUAGCUGGAGGGCUUGGUGGAAUGUGUGGUGCAAUCGUCACCAGUCCAUUCGACGUUGUUAAAACCCGGCUUCAGUCCAGUCUAUUUCUCGAAAAACACUCUGCUGUCAGAAUAGUCGGAAACGGCAAUGCAACGAUAGUCCGUUCAGUAGGAGGAGCGGGUGGUCUGUUGUGGAACUUUGUAGAGACUGGACACAUUCUACGCUCUAUAUACCGAGACGAAUCCCCGCGCGCUCUGUUCAAGGGCCUGGGCCCGACUCUUGUCGGCGUAGUUCCCGCAAGGUCUAUCAAUUUCUUCACAUAUGGCAAUGGAAAACAAAUCAUAGCCCAUCGAUUCAAUCACGGUCAAGAAAACACAUAUGUUCAUCUCUCUGCUGCAGCAAUCGCAGGCGUUGCUACUGGCACUGCUACAAAUCCCAUAUGGGUCGUCAAAACACGUCUCCAACUAGCCUCAGUCGUCAAAGGCAUCGAUGCCGAUGUUGUAGGCGCCAACGGCGGAAAGUACAGCACGAGCUGGCUAAUGAUCAAGAAGAUCAUGCGCGAAGAAGGCAUGCGAGGAUUUUACAAAGGCUUGAGCGCAAGUUAUUUGGGUGUCGCAGAAGGAACGAUUCAGUGGGUUUUGUACGAGAAGUUGAAGAGGCUAUCGGCGGGAAGGGAAGGUGAGGGAGGGCUUCAGGAGUGGUUUGGCAUGCUGGGUAGUGCCGGCACCGCCAAAUGUGUUGCGACAGUUAUUACAUAUCCCCACGAGGUCAUUAGAACGCGACUUCGGCAGCCGAGAGUGGACGGUAUUUUGAAAUACACCGGUCUUAUGCAAACGUUGCGCUUAGUUAUCGCGGAAGAGGGUGCAAAGUCAUUAUAUGGCGGCCUGAGUGCACAUCUGAUGCGUGUCGUGCCAAACGCCGGUGUGAUGUAUGCGAUAUACGAAGGAAUACUGCGAUGGAAUACAUAA